CCUCCUCUUAACUCCUUCUCCCUCCUCUUCCCUUCGCUCCUCAACCCGUCGGAAAGUCAAGACAAGUCCUCACCCUUGGCCUCAUCCACCGCGCAUCCCAGCUCCGUCGCAAACCAUCCCCCCAAACCACCUCGUCGCUCAGCUCUCGUCUCGCCGCAAAGCCCGUUGCUCGUCGCUAUCCAAACCGCUUCCUUCUUCGCUCCGUCGCACAAACACCCGCACUCUCGUCCAACUCCACCCACAGCGAGGCGCUUUCCCAGCCAGCGGUCGCUGAAAACAUCCUCCACUUUUACAAAACCCAUUUCCCAAGGUCACCCCAGUACCUCCGAGUUUAUGUCCAUCGAAAAUCUCAAGUCCUACGACCCCUUCGCCGAAGCCGACGAAGACACCGGAGAAACCAAGCAGACGCAGAAUUAUAUCCAUAUACGCAUUCAACAGCGUAAUGGACGUAAGACUCUGACCACUGUCCAGGGUCUCCCAAAGAAAUUUGACCAGAAGAAGAUUCUCAAGGUCAUCAAGAAGAAGUUCGCUUGCAAUGGCACCAUCGUCAACGACACCGAGAUGGGCGAGGUGAUCCAGCUCCAGGGUGAUCAGCGCAAAGAUGUCCAGGAAUUUCUCAUCGACAAGAAGGAAGGCCUCGAGCUAGAUGCCAAGACCAUCAAGGUCCACGGUUUCUAAAGCUCCGCAUGCCCCGUCGUCCUGUCAACAUCAGCCGUUCCCGGGCUCGUUGGCGUGAAUAGGACUUUGGGACGCAUAGCCUCAGGCUUGUGCCUUCUCCGGACGUGUCCACGCGGACACCCCGAGGCUCGGCGCCGAUUACCCUAGGACGGCGGGCAUCCGCCAGUGGGAGCAGUCCCUUGGUGGCUUUUUUUGAGAUGGUAUCCUUUUGCACCCGCUCAAGGGCCAUGGACGAGAGCAUCCGCCGCGAUGGCCCCCGUGCAGAAGGCUAGAUAGACUACGGGCAAAGGCAUCAUCGCAGUACGGCUUGUCAGUCAUUCGUUUUAGUACAUUAUCGGGCAAGCCCAGCAGUAGUCAGGAAUAUACCAUGUCGAUUCCGAAA